GCAGAGUGGAAGUAGACGGAGUUUGGGAGUUCUGGAGAGAGAGCAGAGACACUUUGUGCCAAUAACAAAACCGCGUUCUCCAUUUCCUACAAUCGAUGCUCUGUCGUUUUGCGCCCUCUCUCUCUUUCUCUACACCAACCCCAAAACCCUAGACCCGCCCAUUCUUUCUUCAAUAACCUCCUUAACGUCUCGAUCACUUUUUUUUUUUUUGUUCGAUAACGAUCACUGUCGGUUCGUAUUUGUUGUGAUCGUUUGUUGAUUGUAUUGAAAACAGUGGACUCGGGUGCGUCGUGAUCGGGGUUGGUGCUGCGAUCGCGAUGCCGGCGGCGGUGGAGGUUGCAACCUCGAUUACAAGCGAUGGGGGUGCGGAGAUGGAGCCGGGGCUCGACGAGGUUGGGGAAAAGGUUAAUGUGGAUGAGGAGGUGAAGGCAUCGCCGUGGAAGAAGCCGGAGGAUGGGAGUGGUGCCGUUGCGGAGGCGCCGGUGAUGGGGAUGGAGUCGUGGCCGGCGUUGGAUGAGGCGAGACCGAAUGGAGGCGCCGGCGUUGGUGGGGGGCAGGCGGCGGCGCGUUGUGGCCCGCAGGAGGGUGGGAGUUCUCCGCCACCCACUCCGGUGUCCUCGGGUGCAGUUGGGCCACAGAAACCUGAGAGACAUGGGAGUUAUAAAUCUUUCUCGAAGCAUUCCCAAUUUCAUCAUCAAAGGCAAGGUUCUAGGCGCCAUCGUGCCCCCAGUGCUAUGCCUGCUCCUCGCCCUGUGUCAUUGCCUUAUCGUCAACCACAUUUGCCACCUGUUCUCCCUGUUGUUCCUCCACCAUACCUUCCUAUGCUUGAAGGUGCUCAUCAGUUUUAUACUGAACACGUCCCGACUGCAGAAUCUCCUGUGGUGAAAUCUGGACGUGAAUCUCCUACCCGAGGUUUUGGUCCAACAGGGCAUGGUGGCGGAGAUAGUAUGAAUGGAAGCCAUAUGCCUCACCCACAAGGAUACAACAAUCCAUAUGCUGGUAAUUUUGCUAAUAGACGACCUGAUUUACAAGGACCUGGUCUCUAUGUUAAUCCCACAUGGCAUCGUCCGUGGGGAAUUGGUCCAAGGGAAAACGUUAAUAUGCCUCGAAGUGUUGGUCCAAGGGCUUUUAUAAGGCCACUGCCUCCAGUGUUUGGCCCUGCCCCAGGUUUCAUUGGUAGACCAGGUGUUCAUGGUCCUGCUCCAGUGUAUUUUCUUCCUGGUGCACCUCCACACUCUUUUAGGGUUCCUCCACCUUUUAUGAUGCCACAUUUUCCAAAUCCUAGGUUUCCCAUGCCAGCACCUGAGGCACUAAAUUUAAGAGCUAAUGUAUUAAAGCAGAUAGAGUAUUAUUUCAGCGAUGAAAAUUUGCCACAUGAUCGUUACUUACUUUCCUUGAUGGAUGACCAAGGAUGGGUUCCGAUAUCUGAUAUUGCUGGCUUCAAUAGGGUUAAGAAAAUGACUACUGAUAUACCUUUUAUUCUUGAUGCGCUAAGGGGUUCACAUGCCAUAGAGGUGCAGGGUGAUAGGAUACGAAGACGUGAUGAUGGAUCAAAGUGCCCGCCACUUUCCGGGCAGCAUAUGAUAGCAUCUAGACCUGAAAUGCCAAUGGGCCAAGUAACUGAUAAGGCUGAAGUUACUUUAGAGGCUAAUGAGAUCAAUGAUGGUAAUACAAAGGGAACAAUAGAAAGGACUGAUGAAUUUCAAUCAGGUGAUGAACACCUGGGGGAGUGCUUACCUCCAAACGAAGAUGAUUCCAAGGUCACAUGUGAGAGUACCUUGAAAAGUAAUGCUGUUAAGUUGAUGUUUAGUGGUGAAAAGAAGGAUCUGAUUGAAGCAGCUAGUGAUUCAAACGACAUUUUCAAUUCCAAACCAAGUGACAAUUUGUCAGAUCAUGAUGUCAGUUAUGGAACCGUGUUAGACGAGGGCUUAACUGAUGUAAAGGAUACUGGUGAAAUUUUCCAUCUCAGCAGUGUUGACGGUUCAGAAGAAACUCUUAAACCUGGGAGUUAUGUCGAUCGUGGAAUAGGAAGCAUGGAUAUGCAGUCAGAUUAUCCUUGGCAGUGUCUAAGUCACCCAUCAAGUGAUUUUGAAAGCCCUUUUAUGCUUGAUGAAGAGCUGGAAAUUGAGCGCGCAACUGCUAGGAAGGACCAUCUUUCAUCUCCUCGAAGGGUGAAUGAUGAAGAUGAUGAAAUGGCUGUCAGUGACCAUGAUGUUCAGAGACUCAUUGUUGUUACCCAGAGCCUGAGUGUAAGCCAAGAAAAUAGAAUGCAUUCAGAAGGAUUAAAAGUGAUUCCAAAUGAGCUUGUAUCCAGGGUAAUUGAUGGCCCCUACUUACAUGAGCAGGGUUCAAGAGGUAAACAACCUGAUAACAAAAAGAAUAUUUGGGCUUUAAAAAAUAGAGAUGGAGAUUCUAGAUUUUGCAGUUCGCCUCCUGGAUUAGCAAAUUCAAGAGUAAGUGGAAGUAUAGAAGGAAGGGAUGGUUGUGAGGAGCCUGCUCAUGCUACUUCCCGAAGGAGGCAUAAUAAAGGCUUUAACAAGUGGCAGUUAUCACCUAAACAACAACGCUUGUUUUUGAGCAAUUCUGGAAACAAUGGAAGUAGUCCGCCUAGCAGUUCAGUUGGUUUUUUCUUUGGAUCAACGCCCCCAGAAGGUCAUGGCACAACUUCUGUGAAAUUGGCUAGUGGGAUUCUCUCUGGGACUAGUCCACCAGUGGGUCAUAAUUCGAAACCAUCCCCUCCACAACAUCCAAGUCAUCAGCUUUUAGAUGAAAGAGGGCUUAAGCAACAGAAGUACCUGAAGUUUCAUAAGCAUUGCCUCAGUGAGCGAAAGAGAUUGGGGAUUGGUUGCAGUGAGGAAAUGAAUUCACUAUACCGGUUCUGGUCAUACUUCCUCAGAAAUAUGUUCCAUCGUUCUAUGUAUGAAGAGUUCCGGAAAUUGGCUUUGGAAGAUGCAGAAUUCAAAUAUAAUUAUGGCUUAGAGUGCCUCUUCAGAUUCUACAGUUACGGGUUGGAGAUUUGUUUCAGAAAAAAAGUGUAUGAGGAUUUUGAACGGCUAACUCUUGAAUUUUACAAUAAGGGAAACAUUUACGGGCUCGAAAAAUACUGGGCGUUUCACCAUUUCCAGAAGAAGGAUGAUCAUAAGGAACCUCCAAAGAAGCACCCUGAACUAGAUAGAUUGCUGAGGGAAGAGUACCGUAGCUUAGAUGAUUUUCGUGCCAAAGGGAAAGCUAUGAAAGAGGACAGCCAGCAGUAAUUACAGCUACGCUUCUGUCAACAGGAAACUCCGACCAUCACCGAAUUCUGAAAACUGGAUUCCACCGUCACAGGUGAGCCCGAGUUGGGGUACCCAGUGUACAAAAAUUGCAGCCAGGUAGGCACCUUGAAUAGGCAGUUUAGUUUAUGCCUCCUGGUUGGUAUAUAAACUAGAGAAGUUUUGGUCUUGGGUCCUUGGUAUAUUUUCCCCUCGGCUUAUUUUUUGACUCAGUUGUGAGAGGUGUUGAGCCUUGGGCACCCACACCCACACCCCCAACCCCCAUGUACAUAGGAAAAAAAACCCAAAGAAAUCAAAAUAAAACCGAAAAAAGAAACAGAACAGAAGAGAUGAACAGAGGGAACAGUUUAUAACUGAGCCUUUUGGAAGGCAUCAAAUAAGACUUAAAAAGUUUUAGGUAUUUCUUUGCUUUGUUC